UCACUUUUAACCGUCAUUUUAACAUUCUUCAGCACAUUAUUCGAAAGCGUUGGUACAAAUACGAUUAAUUAAAAUUAAAGGUUAAUUAUUACAUUACAAGAUGACGAAAAGAGGCAAAAAGGGUAGAGGUAAAGAUGCAAAGGGCUCACCAAAGGGCUCACCAAAGAGUGAUACAAAGCAUGCUCCAAAGCAACGAAAGAGAAGUGAAGAUUCGACUACACAGCAGCAGGAUUCCGAUGAAGAGACGGUUCUGGCCCCAGAAGAAAGUCCCGAGAAACACCUAGAACAACAGCAAUUAAUGGAUCAAGUACCAAGACAUAUACUGCACAUGAGACGAAUUUUGGAUAGCUACCCAGCAUACAACCCCAUUGAUUUCUCGAGAUCUGUCCAAGAAAGUCCGCUUAAUUUGUCUAAGGAUUCGGAUACCGGCGAAGCAGAAUCAGAACCAGCUCCCCUCAACUUAUCAAGACAUUCGGGAUCAGGUUCCAGCGCCUUGUUAAGAGAAUUGUUAUCCAGUCCCUUAACCGCUCCCACCUCUUCAAAGAGAGAUCGAUAUGGUAAUUUGGUAAAUUAUCCCGAAGGAGCGUCUAGAAGUUUGUUAAGAGAUCCAGAAACAAGUCAAGUCAGACCUUCAGGUGCUGAUCCCAGAGCUAUACCGAGUACCUCGAGAACAGGCUUAAUUUACGUGUCAAGUGAAUUGGGAGCAUUUCCAAGCGGUAGCUCGACAGCAGGUCCUAGUUACCUGUUAAGAGCUUUGGAAGCAGGUCCAAGCACUUCACACAGUGGUCCAGAAUCAGGUGCAAACAUGUAUAGAGAUCUGGGAGCUGGUCCAAGUACUUCACACAGUGGUUUGGAAACAGGUAUAGUUUAUAGGUCAAGAGAUUUGGGAGCAUAUGCAAUUACUUCACACAGUGGCCCAGAAUCAGGUGCAAACAUGUAUAGAGAUCUGGGAGCUGGUCCAAGUACUUCACACAGUGGUUUGGAAGCAGGUAGAGUUUAUGGGUCAAGAGAUUUGGGAGCAUAUGCAAUUACUACACACAGUGGCCCAGAAGCAGGUGCAAACAUGUAUAGAGAUCUGGGAGCUGGUCCAAGUACUUCACACAGUGGUUUGGAAGCAGGUAGAGUUUUUGGGUCAAGGGAUUUGAGAGCACAUCUAAGUACUUCACACAGUGGCCUAGAAGCAGGUGCAAACGUGUAUAGAGAUAUGGGAGCUGGUCCAAGUACUUUACACAGUGGUUUGGAAGCAGGUAUAGUUCUUGGGUCAAGAGAUUUGGGAGCAUAUCCAAGCACUUCACACAGUGGCGCAGAAGCAAGCCCAAACUUGUCUAGAGAUCCGAGAGCUGGUCCAAGUUCUUCACACAGCGGUAUGGUAGCAGGUAGAAUGCACGUAUCAAAAGAUUUGGGAACACAUCCAAGUGCUUCACACAGUGGCGCAGAAGCAAGCCCAAACUUGUCUAGAGAUCCGAGAGCUGGUCCAAGUACUUCACACAGUGGUUUGGUAGCAGGUAGAAUAUACGUAUCAGGAGAUUUGGGAGCACAUCCAAGUGCUUCACACAGUGGCGCAGAAGCAAGCCCAAACUUGUCUAGAGAUCCGAGAGCUGGUCCAAGUACUUCACACAGUGGUUUGGUAGCAGGUAGAAUAUACGUAUCAGGAGAUUUGGGAGCACAUCCAAGUGCUUCACACAGUGGCGCAGAAGCAAGCCCAAACUUGUCUAGAGAUCCGAGAGCUGGUCCAAGUACUUCACACAGUGGUUUGGUAGCAGGUAGAAUAUACGUAUCAGGAGAUUUGGGAGCACAUCCAAGUGCUUCACACAGUGGCGCAGAAGCAAGCCCAAACUUGUCUAGAGAUCCGAGAGCUGGUCCAAGUACUUCACACAGUGGUUUGGUAGCAGGUAGAAUAUACGUAUCAGGAGAUUUGGGAGCACAUCCAAGUGCUUCACACAGUGGCGCAGAAGCAAGCCCAAACUUGUCUAGAGAUCCGAGAGCUGGUCCAAGUACUUCACACAGUGGUUUGGUAGCAGGUAGAAUAUACGUAUCAGGAGAUUUGGGAGCACAUCCAAGUGCUUCACACAGUGGCGCAGAAGCAAGCCCAAACUUGUCUAGAGAUCCGAGAGCUGGUCCAAGUACUUCACACAGUGGUUUGGUAGCAGGUAGAAUAUACGUAUCAGGAGAUUUGGGAGCACAUCCAAGUGCUUCACAUAGUGGCCCAGAAGCAAGCCCAAACUUGUCUAGAGAUCCGAGAGCUGGUCCAAGUACUUCACACAGUGGCUUGGUAGCAGGUAGAAUAUACGUAUCAGGAGAUUUGGGAGCACAUCCAAGUGCUUCACACAGUGGCCCAGAAGCAGGUGCAAACGUGUCUAGAAGUUUGGGAGCACAUCCAAGUGCUCCACAUAGUGGCCCAGAAGCAGGUGCAAACGUGUCUAGAAGUUUGGGAGUACAUCCAAGUACUUCAUACAGAGGCCCGGCAGCUACUAGUUACGUGACAAGAGAUAUGGGAGCAGGUUCAAGCUCUUCACACAGUGGUUCGGGAACAGGUCUCAUUUACAUGUCAACAGAUUCGGGAACAUACCCAUAUGUUUCACAUAGUACCUUGGCAACAGGUACUAGUUAUCCGACAAGAGAUUUGGGAUCAGGUCCAAGCACUGUACAUAGUGGCUCGGGAACAAGUGCAAUUUAUCCAUCAAGAGAUUUGGGAGCACAUCCUUCAUAUAGCGGCUCGGCAGCAGAUGCUGGUUACCUGUUAAGAUAUUUAGAAGCCGGUCCGAGUACUUCACACAGUAACGUAGAAGGAGCAGGAGCAGGACCAAGCACUUUACAUAGUGGCUUGGGAACAAGUGCAAUUUAUCCAUCAAGAAAUUUGGGAGCACAUCCUUCACAUAGCAGCUCGACAGCAAAUGCUGGUGACCUUUUAAGAUAUUUAGAAGCCGGUCUAAGUACUUCACACAGUAACGUCGAAGGAUCAAUUUACCCGUCUAGAGAUUUGGGAUCAGUUCCAAGCACUUUACAUAGUGGCUCGGGAACAGGUGCAAUUUAUACGUCAAGAGAUCCGAGAGCUUCGCACAGUGGCUUGGAAACAGGUUCAAUGUAUACGUCGAGAGAUUUGGGAGCGUAUACAAGUACCUCACACAGUGACUCGACCGCAGCCGCUAGUUAUCUGAGAGAUAUGGCAGCAGUUCUGAGCACUUCACAUAGUGGCUCAACAACUGGUAAAGUUUACGUGUAUAGAGAUGUAAACACAGGUGCAAUUUACGUGGAAAGUGACAUGGGAGCUGGUCCGAGUACUUCAAACAGUGGCUCGGCAACAGGUACUGUUUACUUGGCCAGAAACUUUAUAACAGGCCCAAGUACUUUUUACAGUGGUGGUGCAGUUCAAAUAGAAGCCAGUUAUCCAAUAAUAGAUUUAGAUACAGAAAGCGGUGAUUCAAGAGAAAGUACUGACGAUCCCCUAAGAAAUUCAGGAGCUAGCCCCAGCCAUUCAUCAAAAAAAUCGAGAGCAGGUCCUAGUUCAGCACUAUAUUAUGAAUAUGAUUUCUCCAGGGUCCCGGAUCCACGCAAUGGCAUGAAUCAAGACCACUUUGAUAGACUAAAGUGGAAUAUUGUUGAUUAUUUUUUAAAUGUUCCACAAGCAGUGUAUGACGUAAUGACAGAAGAACAGAGAGAAGAUUUAAGAGAGUGUGUGGCUAGAAAUAAAAGAGGCGAACGAUCAACAAGAAAAAGUUAUCCGCAAAGUCCGAAUAAUGAAAAAGGUAAAGAUGAUGAGGAUGAAGAGACUUUAUCAUGUGAGAGCAAUAAUUCCAAUAAUAGUAAAAAUAAACCUAAGGAUCCACCUGAUAACGAAAAGCCUUCAACCAGUAAAAAAAAAGACAAUCAGGUCAGUAAUAUUUUCUUAAACAAACAUAAAAGUGAUCAGAUAUGUCAGAUUUCAUCCUCAAUUUCAGAAAUAGCAUCAGGCGUUGCACAAGAAAACGACGACGUAGCCUACUCGAAAGACGUAAAUUCACUUAUCAAUAGUAUGGUGAAGUGCAAGAUCUCAACAACAGAUGCAAAAUUAAAAUUCAGGGACGUUCAAGAGAUUGAAAGAGAGGUUUUGCAAAUAGAUGUGGUACGAGAAUCUAGCGAUUUGUCUGACUUUGGAACUAAAUUCAUAGAGAAACUGGCUGCUAGUUUGCUUGAGAACAAGAAACCUGUUGUUUUAGAUGUAGAUACACGGGAUACGUGGCCUAGGAAGAAACUAAGAGUACCUUCAGUGUUUUUACAUCCCCCAUUUGAGUUUCAGACCCACAUAAGGAAAUUACUCUCAAUGGGAAUUCAGUUUUAUAAUCCCGAUAGGAAUGCCUACUACACUAAAAUUCUCGGCCUUUCUUUCGAAGAUCAGCUAAAAUUAACUCAAUAUUUUGAUGAGCAUCAAAUUCCCUAUCAUACAUUUGGUAAUCCGUCAGAUAAAAUGGCAAGAGUAGUAAUCAGAGGCCUGACGGGUAACAUCGAUGUGUCAAAAAUAAAAGAAGAAUUAACAGCGGCAAGCAUUCCGGUGGUGAGGCUUCACAAAAUGCAUUUCAAGGGUAUUCGUAGGAGACAGAGGCAUCUUUUAUUGGCAAUCGUGCCUCAAACUGAGGAAGGGCUGAGAAUUUUAAUGGUAAGGAAAAUUUACGGGCAGGUCGUUUCGAUGGAGCCUGCUGAUGUUAAAACUAUGCAGUGUCAUCGCUGCCAGAGGUGGGGACACGUACAGAGGCACUGCGGAGGGCGGGUCAAGUGCGUCAAGUGCGCAGGAGACCACUGGUCCGCUGAAUGCAGAAGGGAUCCACAGGACGAUCCUCCCUCGUGCGCCAACUGUGGCGGCGAUCACACGGCUAGCUACAGACAGUGCCACCACUGUCCCGACUCCAAAAGAUACAAAUCGCGACAAUUCGAACAUAUAAUACGUAUCAUCAAAAAGUCUCAAGUAACACCAACUCCUAAAAAAUGUAAAAAGCUUUAUACCGACGAUCAGGCAGAUUUGCCAAUUAAAAAAUCUUGAACGUGCCUAAGUUUUAAUUAUUUUAUUUUAUAUUUCUAUUCGAGCUUGUUUUUUUUUAUUGUAACUUAUUAUUAGUUUUAAUGUGCAUGCAAUGGUGAUUAAUAGUGUAGUAAAU